AGAAAUGAACAACGUUGAGAAUACCACCUCCACCCUGCCACCGACAGGCAACCCAGCAUCUGACCCUCUGGGCCGUUCACAGUUGCAGAUUUGGUUUGAAGUGUCUCUGGCUAUCGCAUUUUCUCUUGUGGCUUUCACAGGUAGGUGAUGGCGAGUCAGUUUUAUUGGAUAAGGCGCUGAUAUACACAUGCACAGCGAACCGGGUAAGCCGGGUAACAUUUGGACAGGAUGGCUGUUUGUCAUGAACGCAUAUAGUGAGUUUUAGUAUAUAGUAAAACAGUGGAUAGUGUUUUUCGCGCGCUCUGAUUGGCUACUCAAUCAGUGAAUAUCCUACACUAUUCACUGAUUCACCUCCAGUUCCUCCCAGCGAGCGACGCCAAACUCGCGUAAGCUGCGAGCAAAAUGCCUUCCUGGUUUGCUGCCGUAAACAAACAAAGAAAUUUCACAACUAAUCAAGCAAGCUGUUUCCGAAAUACACGAAGAAGGUGACGAAGUUCGGAUUGGAAGUUUUAACAGGUAAAGCUUUGUCUUUUUGACACGAAUUUAUCGAUAAAACCGGUGAAAAAGUUUUUUGUUUACAAAUGCAAAUUAAGUUUAAGUCUUGCGUUACUUUAUUUAGUUGAGUUGUUCAUAAAUAAGCUUAAAACUAAAUUUAAUAAUCUUUUUUUAUAGAAUGAUUUUAAAUACAAAAAGAAUUCACAACUCCUUUUGAAGAAAUUUCCCCGCAAGAGCUAAACAAAUGCCUUCAAAAGUUUGAAUUGUCGGCAAGAAAAAGCGACGGCCGCGGCCGCCCGGUCAUUACGCGCCAAAAUUGUAAUCGUUGGCAACAGUAUUUGAGUUAAAAAUCAUCAUUUUUGUGCUCAAUUAUCUCACUGUUUUAGUAUAUACUAAAACAAUUAUUCACCUCAGUGUCGGUGGCUUGUCGUGGAUAUUUACCUCACUGCUUCGCAGUUCGCUUAUAUCUCCACGACUAGCCACCUCCACUUCCGUGAAUAAUUGUUAUUUAUUUAAAGGGGCUGUAUCACGGCAGUCCAGUUCAUUUUGUUUAAUUUUGCCAACUACCCUCCCUCAAUCGCUAUAGAACUUAAAGUAAGCAAAUAAAUUACAUGAAACGACAAAAUCAGAGAUCCGAGACAAACAAAUAUGUCUCUUAAGCAUUAUUUUUGAAGUUGCAAGCAGCAAGGAUCAACUUUGAAAAAACUGUUAGGCUGAACAGUUUUCAAAAACCCUAAUUUCAAUCCGUUUCAGUCCUCUUCAGCUUUGCCCAUCCGUGGCAUCUGUUGUUUCUGUAAUGUUAUUUUAACCUUCCUUUAAAGUUUUAAGCGGUUAUUUUUAUGUUUCCCUUAAUUUAACAGGCAUUUUGUAAUUUCCUAAUUUGGCUGAAUUUCGUGACACAGCUCCUUUAAGGAGUAACACCCUCCGACCCAGCUCUUGCUGUCUACCUUACAUGUAUACAGGGAAUUCUGUAUGAGCAGGGCUCGGGGUCAGCUUUUGUUGUCUGCCUGUAAUACAUGUUUACAAUGAAAUCUCUACGAGCGGGUACACUCGGGAUCAGCUUUUGUUGUCUGCCUGUAAUACACGUUUACAAUGAAAUCUCUACGAGCGGGUACACUCGGGAUCAGCUUUUGUUGUCUGCCUGUAAUACACGUUUACAAUGAAAUCUCUACGAGCGGGUACACUCGGGAUCAGCUUUUGUUGUCUGCCUUACAUGUAUGCAGUGAACUCUUUACAAGCAGGACUACUUCAGGACCAGCUCUAGUCAUCUUCAUUACCAUUAUAUGUAAACAGUGAUCUCUCUCUAUUCUGGGUCUUGGGGCCAAUACUAGCUGUCCGACCACAAUGAGCUCCCUAUAGUCAAUUAACCCAGUCUAUAACUACCUUGUGCCUAUACCCUUUUUCACACUAGCAUUCUUCCACAACUUCUUACAAGCAAUGCGGACUUAAUGAAGUGUACGCUUAUAGGACUUGAAGCACAUUCUGUACUUUCAUAACUCAGUCUUACUCGAAGUAUUUUCUUAAACCUAUGACAGGAAACGUACUUGUCGUCACAGCGAUUAAUUUCGACCCAAAACUCAACACGAUUACCAACAUGUUAAUCCAGAACCUUGCCUUCACCGACAUCUGCAUGGCGUCCCUUCACAUGCCCUUCUGGGUCAUCAGUCUCCGCUAUGGACGCUGGGUAUUUAAUCACGUGUUAUGUCAGCUGGUUGGCUUGACGCAGCUAACGUUUGGGAUUACAUCACUUUUCACUAUGACCGGGAUUGCCUUUAAUCGGUACUUCAACGUUGUGCGGCGCAAUCUGUAUACCAAGUACUUCUCAACCAAGAAGGUCACAUACUUCGUGAUUGCAGCUGCCUGGCUCGGCGCUUUAGCUGUCACCUCUCCGCAGCUCUACGGCUGGGGAAAGAUUGCCUACCACCCACUUUUCGCGGUCUGCACAUGCAUUUGGGACCUACCCGAUGUCUCUUUCAUGGUAUUUCUUUGUGCUGGGACAAUUUUCUCCACCGCGAGCGUCAUUUCGUGGUGUUAUUACACCAUCUACAAAACCGUCAAAGCCAGCGCAGAGAGGAUGCAGGGGCAUGCUGCCGAAUGGAGUCACGGAAGAAGGAACGCCGUGGGUGGCAAAAGAGAGAAGACCGAAAGAAAGGUUCUCAAGACUUCGUUUGUGGUAGUCUGUGUUUUCUUAACAUGCUGGACCCCACUCUCAGUAGUAGGCUUCAUCGAGAUUUUUGGAUCGUCCACUCCACGGUGGGUACAUUUAUUUUCCUACUUCUUCGUCUUUGGUAGCAGCCUUACAAACCCUUUUAUAUACGGGAUCAUGAACCCGCAGUUCCAGCAAGCCUUCAAGAAAUUGCUUCGGUUUAGGGCUAACGAAAUCGAGCCGAUGUCUAGUACUAGUCAAGUCAAAGAAAACGUAAUUGGAACAGCGACUACCAUGACGGAUGUAACCGGCUUGCAAACGAUUGGAGAUGAACCAAGCACCUCCGUUCAGCAGGGUGUGAUUGAUCAGAACCAAAAUCAAGUAAAACAUAUUGACGCACCUACGAAGCCCCUAGAGGUUAUGAAGGCUUAA